CUUCCACGAGCCUUUCUACCAUAUAAAAUACAGUGCUUCAGCACGCCAUCGACCUUCCAAUAGCUGCUGUACUCUAUCGACAAGGUUUUGCCUCAAGAUACGAAGAUCGAAAGGUCCGAUAGAACGUCGUCUUCUCACCAAUAUCAGAAAAAACGUCAUUAGAAGUAUAGACACAAAGAUCCUGUCACAAUGAUACACCGAAAUCCUUCCGAGAUCGCGUUCGACCCCGAUCAAAAUUUGUGGUGUUUUGACGAGGACGAGCACGACGGUAUUCACAAUGCGCAAGACUUCGAGGAACAUCACUUCAUGGACAACAUCCGUUCUGGUGUUUUGGCCUACCGCCUGCAGUCUGCGUGUCACUUCGACCUCUCGAUCAAGAUACACCAAGCUGCACCAUUGCAGUGUGACGAAACAGCGAUCAAGCUAGCACCAUCUUUCAGAAUCGAAGUUGUCUUCAAGAGGUUGGUUGAGCCAGAUCUAUUUCGUGUGUGUAGACCUAGAUUCCGUCGAUGCUCGCGUGGAAGAUAUCGCAUCGCCACCAAUGAAGUACAGAUCUGCGAGAAGGGUCGCUUCAUUUUGAUGAGCGAGUUUCUGAGGAUCUAUUACCCAAAUUUCAAUACGCUGGUGGGUCUCGAUGACAUGCAGCGAUGGUGGAGCGCGAACGGGAAGAGUUUCAACUGGACUGGAAUGCCGACAGAGCUGAAGGAACAUGUGGUGUUGUUCUGUCUACACCAUCCUCGGGGUACCGGCCUAUACCAACGCAGUCUGCAAAAUUAUCGAAGCCCAUUCAACCCAAGGCCUGUUGCGGACCGAGAACUUGGGGUAUACGAGGUUGUUGACAAGCUUGGAGAUUGGUGUUAUCUCUUAGGUUGUUCACGCCAAGUAAGGUCCAUCACGCUUCGGCUAUGCUUCAUGGGCAGUAGCAAUUUGACAUACAGCAAAGGGCUGUGCAUCGACAUUCUAUCUUAUAAAGCCCUUGAAGACUGUUUUGACCGUCUUGGAAAGUACUACCAGAUGAUGGGCCCGGACAGCCUGCCUGUGGACCAGAAGACAAAAGCUUUAUCAGACUGCUACAGCCUUUAUCCGAAGAUUUACCCUCAACUCAGGCAAUACGCGACGUUCCGACAAGGUAUCCAGAAGAUCUGUUUGAAAAUGAGCUUCGUGUCCUACAUGCGGUUCUUCAAGGUAACCGCUGGUGGCUUUGGCAAGUAUUGGCGAACCGACCACAUGACAUUCGAAGUUCUCGAACAGCUACCUUUUCUCAAUGAAAUCGUCAUCAAGCUUCCUGUUCGGCCUCACGGUGCCGGUGGGUGGAAAGAUAACUUCCACGAGGGCGGCCCUCAACUCUUUCAUCACGAGUCUCCCUGCCCUCGAAUGCUACAUCGGAUUCUGUACGAACGCAUCGCCGAAGCUCUUGCGUCACACGAGCAUGUUCGGCUGACGAGAUUUAUCGACAACGAUGAAAAGCAGCGGUACUGGGAAUUUCGGAAGAACGCAGUCGCGAAGCUAAAAAUGACCGGCGCAGAGCUGGAGGAGCUCUACAGGGAUGACGGAGGUGGCAUUGAACUCGAAGAUGUCGUCGCCCCAGCGAAUAUGGUCGCGAAAGACGAACAUGAUCAGGAUCUGCAAGCCUUCGAGUACCCCGCGGAGGGUGAGGAGCAGUUCUUCCCUCCGAAGUGCCGCUGUGCGAAGGAUUGCACCUUAUAUAGAGACAGUCAGGAGUGACAGUCAAGAAUGGACAGUAAUGGAUUUGGCGUACGGGGGUGAUGGGCAUCAAUGAUGCGGUCUUGGAUU